CGCUCGAGGCUGCAAAAGCCUUCCCGCCCAAUUCAUAUAAAGAGCCGUUAUUUUUCAAACUUCCGUUACAAUGGUCAUGUUACUCUCCCUGCUCCGAACCGCCACCUCUCUGACCCAAAUCCACCAAAUCCAUGCGCAAACCCUCAUCCAUGGCCUCCCACUUCAAACCCACCUCAUUCCCAAGCUCAUCGACCUUCAUUCAAUCGAUUAUGCUCGCUUCGUCCUUGAUCAAACUCCUUCUCCCACUGAUUUCUCUUGGAACUCCUUGAUCAGAGCCUACACCGUCCAUGGCUCUCCACAAAAUUCCCUGUUUCUCUAUCUCAAAAUGCUUCGGAGCAGCACAAAACCAAGUAAUUUUACAUUCCCAUUUGUCCUAAAAGCUUGUUCCACCCUUGGUUCAGUGCUUGAAGGGUAUGUACAAUGGGGGCAGGUUGAGAAGGCACGGGAUUUGUUCGAAGAAAUGCCUAUGAGAAGGAAUGUGGUUUGCUGGACUGCAAUGAUAAAUGGGUAUGGGAAAGAAGGGGAUUUUGUUGAGAUGUUGAGUUUGUUUCGCCAAAUGCUUGUUUCAGCUGAUGAGGUCCAACCCAAUGCAGCAACAAUGGUGUGUCUACUGUCUGCCUGUUCAACUCUCUGUAAUUAUGAGGUUGGAAGGUUCCUUUCGGUUUUUAUCGAUGUUAACAAGAUCCCUUUGAAUACAAUCUUGGUCACUGCUCUUAUAGACAUGUAUUCUAAGUGUGGGGAUGUGGAGAAAGCUUGGAGAAUCUUUGAUGGUGUUUCUUGUAAGAAUCUGCCUUCUUGGAAUGCCAUCAUUACUGGAUGUGUGCAGGGUGGACUUCUUGAGGAAGCAAUUGAUUUAUACCGUCACAUGAAAGCACAGUCAGUGAAACCGAAUGAGAUCACUCUGGUAAAUGUGUUGUCUGCUUGUGCUGGCUUAGGGGCACUGGAACUUGGGAGAGAAGUUCAUCUGUACCUGGGCCGAAAUGGCUUAGAUCUAAAUGUGAUUCUUGCCACUGCUCUGGUUGAUAUGUAUGCAAAAUGUGGUAAAAUCGACGAUGCUUGUUUGAUUUUUGUCAAGACUAGCGAGAAAGAUGUGGCCUUGUGGAAUGCCAUGAUACUGGGGCUGGCUUACCAUGGCGAUGGAAGAGAUUCUUUAGCAGUUUUUUCACAGAUGGUGAGGGCUGGGGUGCAGCCCAAUGAUGUUACAUUCAUUGGAGUUUUAUCAGCUUGUAACCAUUCAGGAUUGGUAGAAGAGGGAAGGGUUCAGUUUUCAAGUAUGGCCGAUAAACAUGGAUUGUCUCCUAAACUUGAGCAUUAUGCUUGUAUGGUAGAUCUCCUUGGCCGGGCUGGGCAUCUCAAAGAAGCAUAUGAAUUGGUGCAGAACAUGCUAAUUCCACCUGAUUCAAUAAUCUGGGGUGCUUUACUAAGUGCUUGCCGGAUCCAUCGGAAUCUUGAACUGGCUGAUAAAAUCAGUGAAACAAUAAUGGCAUCGCAGGAUCCCAAUAUUGGUUUCUGCAUUCUGUUGUCGAACAUUUAUGCUUCUUCAGGAAGGUGGAAGGAUGUUGCUAGAGUGAGGAGACAGGUAAAAGAGAAAAGGAUAAAAAAACCUUCUGGUUGUAGUUGGGUUGAAGUUGAUGGUGUUGUUCAUAGAUUUGUUGUUGAAGAUACAACUCAUCUGAAAUCUGGGGAGAUCUAUGGCGCCUAUGAAAUUCUAGUUAAUCAUUUGAAGGCAGAAGGGUAUGUGGCAAAUUUUGAUUUUAUUGCAAAUAACAUCAACGGCAUGUAAAAAUAUAUUCAUCAAAUGGGUUGAAGAUUUGAAGCUUCACACCUUCAAUUGAUGGGGACUUGGGAGAACUAUGAAGAUUGGUGCUUCCCAAGGGAAAUGAAGUAUCUACAUUGGAUUGUUCUUGUUCUAUCACAGAUUUUGGUGGUCACACUCACAAGAAACACAGUGAGGGCUUUGAGUUUGGGAUUUUCAGCAACUGGGGUGGCCACACUUUGUGAUAGAACAACUCAAAUACUGAUCCCUGAUGUCUUUUCUGUAACAGAAUGGCCUGGGUUCAUGGUGAUGCAGUCUAAUUCCAUUGUUCCUUGCCUUUGGAUUGAUGGAUGAACACCUGAGAAGAGACGUCAUAUGCCAAAGAUAUGAAGCUUUAGUUUCGAGGCCAAAGGCCAUUUGCUAAAUUUUGAUUUUGUUUUGGCAAGUAUUGAUGAUAUGGUUUGAAGUCUUUGACACUUCACCUGAACCUGGAACUGUGAAAAGGGAGUUGUGGAGAAUAAAAUGCAGCACACUAUACAGAGAGCAUUUCUUCAUAUUUAUCAUA